AUGCGUACCUCUCUCGCGUCCGUGCUCGCGGGACUGGCCGCGACCGCCUCGGCGGCCGUCUUGGAAGGCCCCCGGGGCGAACGGGCCUUCUCGCUCGAGCCGACGUCAUCCGCGGCUGUCGCGUAUAACCCGGACUGCUACUGGCUGUACCCCGUGGGCGUGCCCUGCCCGAUCGAGGCCGCCACCUUUGACCAGCUCAUCGACCACGACGACCCGUCUCUGGGCACCUUCAAGCAGCGUUACUGGGUCAACAACGAGUUCUACGCUGGCCAGGGCGCGCCCAUCGUGGUCAACGCCCCCGGCGAGAACGCCGCCGACUACAUGGUCUGGUACGGUACCAACUGGACCCUCCCCGGCACCUUUGCACAGAAGAUCAAGGGUGCGGCCAUUGUCAUGGAGCACCGCUACUGGGGCGACAGCCUGCCGUUCGACAAGAUGACGACCAAGAACCUGCGGUACCUCACGCUGGACAACGCCAUGCGCGACAUCAUCUACUUUGCGCGCAACGUCAAGCUGUCGUUUGACAAGGACGGCUCGACGCACCCGGACAAUGCGCCGUGGGUUCUCUCCGGCGGCUCCUACCCCGGCGCCCUCACGGCUUGGAUCAACUUCUUGUACCCCGGCACCUUCUGGGCGUACCACGCUACGUCGGCCGUCGUGGAGUCCAUCGCCGACUACUGGCAGUACUACGUGCCCAUUGAGUCGGCGAUGCCGCGCAACUGCAGCAGCGACUUGAAAAAGAUCAUCAAGAACGUGGACGAGCAGCUGGACAAGGGCGACGAGGCGGCUAAGACGGCGCUCAAGGCCAAGUUUGGCCUCGCCGGCCUCGCCGACGACGACUUUGGCUACGCUCUUUCCGACGGCCUGCAGAGCUGGCAGGGCACCCAGUUCUACACGGGGCCCAAGAACGUCGAGCUGUACGAGAUGUGCGACUGGAUCGAGGGCGUCGGUGGCAGCAACGGUACUGGCAACCCGGUUCCGGAUGAGAAGGGCGUCGGCAAGUGCGCCGCCACGGCGAACCUCGCUCGGUGGUAUCGCGAGGUCCAUGUCCCGUGGAAUUGCAACAGCACCACCUACUGGGCGGGCGUCGGCAAAGACAGUGUCGCAUGCUGGGACACGCACAACAAGACCAGCCCGUACUUUACCGAUCGCAGCACCCGCAACUCGUGGAACCUGCAGUGGCAGUGGAUGCUUUGCAACGAGCCCUUCCAGCUUUGGCAGGGAUCCUUCCCCGGUGACACCGGCCUCGUCUCUCGCUAUGCGCCCACGCAGUACUUCCGCGACCAGUGCGAGCGUUUCUUCCCCGACGAGGACGGCUACACCUACGGCCUCAAGCAGGGCCGCACCACCGAAGAAAUCGUCGCCAAGACGCUGGGCUGGAACAACUACGCCUCGACGCGGUUGGUGCAGGUCAACGGCGAGUACGACCCGUGGCUUACACAGACGGUCUCGUCGCCGCUCCGACCGGGCGGCCCGAUGGAGUCGACCGUUGAUGCGCCCAUCUUUGUUGUGCCCAAGGCCGCUCACUGCUCUGAUCUUGUCAUGAAGAACGUUAACACCAACGGACCGCUGGGUGAGAUUGCUCACCAGGUCAUUGAUAUCAUUGCCAAGUGGGUAGGAGAAUUUUACGAGGAGAAGGGAAUCCCCCAGCCUGGAUUCUAG